AUGGCGAUCCUCUUUGCUCGAAGACCCCCUCACGGGGAUGUGACUCAACUCCCCACGACGCCUCGCCAGAGCGCGGUCGUGGUUCUCACAUUUUUGUUCCCAGCGAUUUCCCUGGUGAUAUUUUCCUUGAGAGCGUAUGGAAGGCUCAAGACUCGUCAGUGGGGAAUUGAUGACUACCUCUGUGGAUUUGCAACGUUAUUGGCGUUGGUCAUGAUGGGCCCGACUUACAUGUAUAUCAAGCUCUCGUUUGUCGGCUUCCAUAACUACGAGGUUCCGCAGCCUUACGAUGCCGCGCCGGGUUUAUGGUGGUUCUACGUGGCCCAGAUGAUCUACAAUCCCAUCCUGGCCUUUGUCAAGGCGUCCGUCCUGGUCUUUCUCCUGAGACUGGGGGGUCAGAAAAAGGCCGUGAGAUGGAGUAUCCACGGGUUGAACAUCUUUAACGUCCUGCAUGCCAUUUCGGUCUUCUUUGUGGCACUUCUGCAGUGUCUGCCGAUCGAGGCAAACUGGGAUUUUGCGGUCAAAGCUAAUGCUGUUUGCGUCGCAAGGGAGUUCCACGUAAUCGCGAGUAUUCUGACAAUUUUGACCGACUUUCUUGUCCUGGGUAUCCCUUUCUGGAUCUUCCUGGGGCUGAAGAUGCCCAUGGGGACAAAGGUGGCGCUCAUCGGCGUCUUCAUGGUUGGUCUUGUCGUUAUAAUCGUUGCACUCAUUCGACUUGUCGAGAUCUGCAAGAUCUACUACGCUUCGAAACCGACCGAUGACUUCUUCUACUCCAUCACGAUCGUGUACUCGACCAUCGAAGUCAACCUCGCAAUCAUCUCCGCGUCCGUCCCCGCCCUACGAUAUCUAGUCCGAAACUGGUUUCCCCAGCUCUUUGGGAGCUCAGCCAAGGGCAAAUACGACACGAGCGGGCAAAUGUACUACGGCCAAGCCUCGCGCACCGGAGCUCGCACGACGGAUCACAUCGGACUCAAGGACAUACGAGGUUCGCGCCAUCAUACCGAGAUUCGAAGCGAGUCCCCGACUGGAUCUGAGGAGGAGAUCAUGACUUACAACGGAAUCAUUCGGACCAUGGACGUUCAUCAGUCUUAUUCGCAGGCUGGUCCUACAACCAUCAAUUCACGAGACUCAGGCAGUUUCAACAUGAAGCAGCCGGUGACAACACAGUCGAGCAGUUUAUAA